AUUCAUUCGUACCACACACAGAGGGAGCGCUAAUGCUAAUGAGUUACAAUUUAGCUAAGAACAAUCAAAAGCUGGGCAAAAGAAAUCCGAUCAGGCAUGAAAUUAAUGUUCUUCAAAACAGGUAGCAGAAGACAUACAGCAUGUCCGUUAUAGCCAAGCAGUGUGGGGUUAACUUUAAUCCCCCUUCAAUCAUCCUCAUAUAUGAAAAUAAAGAUUCAAGCAAACUGCGUAAAAGAGUGAUGCCUGUCAGAAAUUUUUCUCAGUAUUCAGACUGCAGCAGGGCUGCAGAGAGACUGAAGCAUAAUGCCCGCCAUGCUCCGUAUCUGGAAACGGUUUCACUGGAACAGCUGGUAAGACUGCACACGGUGCUGCGGGAUCACAUGCAGGGUUUGAGUGUGGAGGAGAGUCUGAAAGUACAGCGAAGCGCUGACCUACACGAGGAAGACCUGAACAAGCUCGGCGAUGAAGAGCUCAAGAAGCGCAAGGCCAAGAUGGACGAACUGUUUGAGCGCAACCGGCGCCACAAGGACGAUCCAGACUUUGUGUACGACCUCCAGGUGAAGUUUCCUGAAAACAGCGUACGGGAAACCUGCAGCUGGGACCAGUCAGACGACGAGUUUUAGCAGAUUUGACUUUGUCAAAGCUUAAGAGAGUGAUUGUGAACAUUGGUAACUUUGUCCCACUAGUGCAAGUCAGCAUGUACAGUACAAAAUUAUUGGCACAUUUGGUUAAAAUGAAUAGCUGAACACCUAAAAUGCAAUAAUAAAGAAGGAGCUUAAUAAACCUGAA